UAUUGCACAGUACGAGUGUGUGCUGUGGAGGGGGGAUUUGAGAGAAGAGUUCUGCUGACAGAGAUGAUCGCGCAACUCCAGUAUCCCACUGCGAGCGUAUACCAUGAGGAGUCUUCGAAGUAGUGGGUGCACACGGAAAAGACACUAAAGGAGCGAUAAUUCCCACAUAUCUGUUGGAGAUGAUCACGUUGGUACUGAAAGAGGUACAGAAAGAAGCGAAGAGCUGAAGAAAACUUGGUUGUGCGGAGGUUUGUUACGACGGAGGAAGCGCCCUUUUGUCGAAUAAUUAUUAGAAAGUUGCAGCAACAAGUCCACUCACGGUAGAAAGAGCAAGUUUAACCCGCACCUCGUGUGUUUCCUCAACUACUCAGUAUCCGCAAACUCUGGAAUUACAAGAUUCGUGUUCUUGUUCAUAGGACAAACCUCAGAGUUAAAGGACCAAUGGGGAAACGGCGUGAAGAAUGAAACAAGAUUGUCAAAGUAUGAAGGAAAGUAUCAAACCGUUGUUAACAUAGCCUAUUCCAGAUUCGCCUUUGAUUUGAGAGUAAACAUGUGACAUAGCGGUGUACCUCGUUAUUUAUCAGAACGGUUUGAAAGAUGAAAAACAUCGUCAGGAAGCUGAUCACAGUAUGCCAUUUCCAUUAUCCUCUAGAGAACCGAUGAAACUUCAGCCCAUUCAUGCACCAUAAAACAAUAUAUUAGGCUAAAUUUAAGAGAGCUUCACAUAGAGACGAUGAGUGCUGCCAGGAUAGCGGCUGUACAUCGGGUCAACUCGGGCUGAUUAAGUUGAAGUUUGUAUACAGUCUAUACCAUAUAUAGGCUGUUGUGUUCGCAAAUGUUGUAAGGUGGCUGACAGAACAGUUGUGGAAAUCCCGUUCACAUUUGGAGCUACGAUGCUGAUCAGGGGCGCAUUUAUCCACGCAUUUCUAAUAUUGUUGGUGAGGGCCAACCAGUGGAACCUGAGAGAUCCAGCUCCAUGCGAACUUAACAAAAAGCAAAGUGACUUGAACUCCUUCCUGUGGACCAUUAAACGGGAUCCUCCAUCAUACUUCUAUGGAACCAUCCAUGUCCCCUACACCAGAGUUUGGGACUUCAUUCCGGAAAAUUCCAAAAAAGCCUUCCAGGAGAGCAACAUUGUGUACUUUGAGCUGGAUCUGACCGACCCGUACACCAUCUCGGCCUUGACGAGCUGUCAGCUGCUGCCGCAGGGGGAGAACCUGCAGGAUGUGCUGCCGCGGGACAUCUACCGGCGGCUCAAGCGCCACCUGGAGUACGUCAAGCUCAUGAUGCCCUCCUGGAUGACCCCGGACCAGCGCGGGAAGGGCCUCUACGCCGACUACCUCUUCAACGCCAUUGCCGGGAACUGGGAGCGGAAGAGGCCGGUGUGGGUGAUGCUGAUGGUCAACUCCCUCACGGAGGCCGACAUCAAGACCCGGGGGGUUCCCGUGCUGGACCUGUACCUAGCCCAGGAGGCCGAGCGCAUGAGGAAGAGGACGGGCGCCGUGGAGAAGGUGGAGGAGCAGUGCCACCCCUUGAACGGGCUGAACUUCUCCCAGGUGAUUUUUGCCCUUAACCAGACCCUCCUACAGCAGGAGAGCCUGCGUGCGGGCAGCCUACAGGUGCCCUACACCACAGAGGACCUCAUCAGGCACUACAACUGUGGAGACCUCAACUCCAUCAUCUUCAACCAUGAUACCUCUCAGGUUCCCAACUUCAACAAUGUCACCCUGCCCCCCAGCGAGCAGAUCACUGCCCAGGAGAUCGACAGCUACUUCAGGCAGGAGCUGAUCUACAAACGCAAUGAAAGGAUGGGUCGGAGAGUAAAGGCCCUGCUGGAGGAAAACCCAGACAAGAGCUUCUUCUUUGCCUUUGGGGCCGGUCACUUCCUGGGCAACAACACGGUGAUUGAUGUGUUACGGAGUCAAGGGUACGAAGUGGAGCACACCCCAGCGGGGAAGCCCAUUAGCAGUGGCAGGCCUUCAAAGUCGCCCACCUUCCCGCUGCACAGGCCUUACACUCCUGGUCAGGAACUGGAGCCCUUCCUGCACGAGCACCAACAGCGCCCCCUGGAGGAGGACCUGCUGCCCCACAUGCUGCUGCCCGACAGCUUGGACCUGCUGGAGAAGGUGGACCGCAAGCUGAAGAAGAAGCGCCGGAACAAGCAGAGGAAGCAACGCAUGCGACAGUUCAACGACCUGUGGGUCCGCAUGGAGGACAGCACGACAGCUCAACCACCCCCACCUCCUCUUGUCCGCAUCAUAAAUGGUUACAUCACAGUCCAGCCACAUGACAGAGGUUACGGAAGGUCCAAUCACGUCUGGACUUCUUCAGAUUCUACAUCUACCCCUGCCUUGUCUGUAACCUAUUUUUUGUUGACAGUUUGUGCACAGGUAGUGACAUUUCAGCUCUGCUAGUUCACCCGCUAGGGUCUCAAAUACACCUCUACAGGUUCUGGAAGGACUCAUUGUUAAUAUCAAGGCUCUCCAUGGGAUAUAAACACUUUAAAGAACACGAGGAGUUCUCUCAGCAAAUUCAGAAAUUUAUUUCCUCAAGCGAUUAUUUAUUCUUCCCUUCUAGAAGAAUCUGUUCUGUAUCCCUUUGUACUGUGGGAAUUGUAUAUACCUAUGUAUAAUAGAUGUAAUCUAGAAAUAUGAAAAUGAAAUGGUUAAAUGGUUUUUGUUCAUUCAAAAAAAAAUCUGCUUUUUUAGUGGAUAAAUCAGGUACUAACCAUCAUUGUGAUUAUUUUGCUCUACCUAUGUGGAGGUGAAAAUUAUCCUGUCUACUUGUCUAUUUUCAUAUCCAGAGUUGUUAAUAUGUUUUGACAUAGAAGUUAUUCAUUUAAUUUAUUUUUAUUAACUAUACACCCAUAGAUAAUCUAAAUGUUUUUGUGGAGUUUUUCAAUUUCAUAUGUAAAGUCUUUUGUGGAGUUUCCUUGUAUACACCAUUUACUUAAAUACACAGUAUGGUAACAUAUCCACUCAAACCUCUGCAGGUAGCUUUUAUUUCAGUUAUGGGUAACAAGGAGAAUUUAAUCUUUUGAAAAAAAAAAUGCAGCUAUACUUAUCUGGCUACUGUAUGAUCUACGUACAUUUGCUAAACAUUCAUUUUAAGAGAAAAUGUAUGCAUAAAACAAAGAUUUAUGAAA